AUGACGCAGGAAAUAAAUAAUAGCCUGCAAGGCGAGACACAAAAUCAAGAGAAAGAUGCCGUGGUCAGCACAGCGCAUGGAAUCGAGGAAUCUCACCCGAGUAAAUCACAAAGCAACAUCACCAUCGUUAGCUGUUAUAUCGCGAAUUUCAGUGAUGGAUUCCAAAACAGUCUGGCUAAUCCGACGAAUGUGAUCUUCAAGGAUCUCCUGGGCGCCAGUGCUUUUCCAUCGGCAAUGAAAACCCGAAUUAGCAAUUCGCUGAUUGUCGGUGCCAUUCUGGGAGUCGUCGUGUUGGGAUAUACAUCCGACAUGUUUUCUCGCAAAGCCGGUCUGCUGGUAACCUCGUCGCUCGUGGCCAUUGGUACUUUAAUGUCUACGGUCGCGUUGUCGGUGAAUCCAUCACAGAAUAUGUUAUGGUAUUUUGUGAUUGCUCGUGGGAUAGCGGGCUUUGGCGUUGGGGGCGAAUACCCUCCCAGUGCAGCAGCCGGAAUCGAAGAAUCAGACGAUUUAAUGAGCAAAUACCGGGGGCCGCUCUUCGUCUCCUUCACGACUCUUAUGGCGACACUCGCCGGUCCGAUUUUGCAGAUCAUUUAUCUGAUCUGUCUGAUUGCCAGCAACAAUAAUUUGACAAUUACGUUUCAUGCGAUCUAUUCCAUUGCCACGAUCCUUCCCGUGGCCAUUAUCAUCCUGCGACUGUUCAUGGUGGACUCGACAUUAUUCCGCCAUUCCAACCUGACGAACCAACGACGCUCGCCACGAAUCUAUCUGCUCCUUGCUCGCCGCUACUGGUGGAGAAUCUUCACGACGUCGUUUGCCUUCUUUCUAUAUGACUUCAUCAACUUUCCUAAUAGCAUCAUGUCGAGCAGCAUCAUCUCGUCGCUCGUUAAGGAUCAGGACAUUCGACAGACCGCCAUCUGGCAGGUCAUUCUAGCCGUGUUGCCCGGUAUUCUAGGAUUUGCCGGCUAUGUGGUCCUUGGCUUUAUCAUUGGAGGAACCUACGCCAAACUAUCCAAGAAUAUCGCCGCCUUUGUUGUGCUUUACGGGCUGCUGCAGGCCUUUGGACACAUGGGUCCGGGGGCGACAAUUGGAUUAAUCUCUUCCGAGUCUUUCCCCACGGCGGUCCGGGGUAUGGGAUAUGGAAUCGCGACAGCCUUUGGAAGAACGGGGGCAGCGGUAGGAACACAGUGCUUCACUCCUUUGGAGGACGCCGCUGGCACCAAUUCCACAUUCUACCUGGCCGGUGCAGUAGCGGUUGUCGGAAUCCUGGUGUACUCUCUUUUGCCCGAGAGCAGCAAGCUCGAUCUCGCGAAGGAAGACAGAGUGUUAGAGGAGUAUUUGGCCGAGCAUGGGUACCACAUCGGGAAGGGAGACCGGGAGGCGUAG